UUAUAUGGCUGGGCGUAUUCGGGAUUAACACAAUAAUAUUUGCCCACAUUUGGCUGUGAUUCACUUAAUUUACACGUGUGCAUGAAUUUGACCUCUUUGUAAAUCACUCCUCCUAAGCUCCAAGAAAAACAAGGUCCGAUAUUGAGUAUCAUGGCGGAGAUUUGAGAUUUUUAUUAUCUUUUAUCAAGAUUUUCCGCGGCGAUAAUCCCGGCUAAUAAUGAAUCUACCAAGAUACAGUAGAUGGUUCGCCCAGUAGAUAUACAGUGUACGACAAAGAGGCGAUUGUUCACCAAUAAAAACAUUCAGUUCUGGUGGAAAUCUAGGCCCACUUUAUUAUUUUUUUCUUUUUUACACAAGCAGGGCACACUUACGUGAAAAGAAAAGCUAUACAUUGCUUUAUUGCCGCGGGACACAUAAGUAUACAUAAAUCUCGGCUUUAAAGUUUGUAAUUUCGCUCGAUGUUAGGAUAGGAACAGACUUGCACAAGAGUAGGGACAUCAUUGGCUACGGUACAAAUUUGUAAGGUCAUUUGGAGCCCUGACCCGUUAGAUAUAGCUAUGUUGCGCUGAUUUAUGGCUAAUCUUACGAACUCGCGUGCCAGACAGCUAAUCAGAGAGACCUUCGCGUGACGAAGUUAUUCGUCGGUGGGACCAACUCGUGUCAGUGUUAGAAAACACAUCAAACCCAACAGGCAUGGUUUUUACAGUGACAACAAUUAAUUAAUCAGGGAUUUAUUCAUUAUGGCACCUACGGAAUCUAAAGAUGAAGUGAAGAAAGAUGUCGUUCAUAGUUCCACAGGCUCACCGAAACGGAGGGUGAACAAACCGAUGAUAGAAAGAAGGAGGAGAGAAAGAAUAAACGAAUGUUUGAACCAACUUCAAACUCUGAUAGCUCAGUUGGAUAAAGAAAAACCUAAGAUUGGAAAGUCAAAUAAGUUAGAGAAAGCUGACAUUUUGGAAAUGACUGUAGACUUUGUAAAGCGAUCCCAGCCAGUUCUCAAAGAAGAGAAUGAAAAGAGAGAGAGUCCAGCAGAUAGUGUGCAAUACCAGGCAGGGUAUGAGAAAUGUCGGAUCGAGAUCCAAACCUUUCUACAAACCUCGGAAAACGUCCCCGAGGAAGUGAAAGCGGCAUUACUGAAACAGCUACAAAAUAGUCCUAAACACCAAUCAUCACAACCGACUGAAACCAAUCCGCGAAUCCAAGAUCUGAAUCCUAAAAGUAGUGCGCCUACUUCCUUUGCCAGUAUUCUUCCGCGAGCACAAAGCGCCACUGUUGCAGUUGCAGCUUCGUCAGCAUCCUGCCAGACGACAAGUCAGAUUCCAGGAAAUAAAAAUUUUUUCAUAUGUAAUCCCAGUGCUCCGACAUACGUCCUCGUUCCGACGGCUACACUGUGUCAGUCCAUACCUGUGAACUCUCAGGUGACCCAAACAAACGAUUCACCUUUAAACUUGGUGAAACCACCAAGAAACGGAAGUGAAAUAGUCCCAAAUUCCUCACAUCAGACUUCGGCAAUGCAGCUUGGAUCUGUUGUUAAUGGAAACCAGUUUGUAGUAAUUCCACAAGGACACAUUUCGCAAGUUUCAAACUUAAUGACGUCACCAGUUGUUGGGGGACAGCCCAACGUUUUACCGGCAAAUGCGGUGCAAAACUUACAAGGCAACUUCCUGUGUAUGCCCAAUGUGCAGAUUCCGUUUUCGGCCCCUCAGUCCGAUCAAGACGUUUGGCGUCCGUGGUGAAGAUUUUGUUUUACUUUGUGGGAUAUCAAUUCGCUUUCCAAGAAUAAUUUCCUUUUAAACUCUUUUUUUCAAAAUUAAGUGCAGAUGUUUAAUAUAAGUGCGUUUAAUUUUUCUUUCGUAUUUUCCUUCACGUUUUUAUAUUUUUUUUUAUUUUCUUAGUCGUUAUAGCAAACAUUCUAUUGGUGUUUUUGUGUUGUUGCUUAAUACGUACAGUACGCUUAAAAUAAAUUUGAGUGUUUCAGCAGUUGUACUGUGCAGGGGCAAUAAAUACAUGUAGUUCCUGUUUAAAGCUUGUAAACAGUCUUCCUAGAUGAGUAUUUGUGAUAUAACGGAAAAUCAUUCCAUAAAUUAUUUUAUAUAAUUUGUUAUUAUUUCUUUGUUAAAAUUUUUAUACAUGAAAUCAUGUUUUUCUCAAAUUUAAUU